ACACAAUUUCAGGUUUUUUGCAAUGGAGAUUUUUAAACUUAAUUAAACUUCUUCAGCUUGUAUGAUAGUGUCCAUUUACACAAUUUUAAUGAAACUUUAAAAAAACGUGAAUUAUAAAAUUGAUUUUAUAUUUUUACAGCAUUAAAGAGAUUUGCCAUCAAACACUUUAUUCUGUGAUAUGCCGAUAACCAGAAAAUGAGUCGCAUGAAACAGGGAAUUAAAACAAAAAGUAAAAGGAAGAGCCAAAUUCAACAUAACUGCAUGUGGAUACUCAGAAAUGGAUUUGGAUGAAUAUCUGUUAGAGGAAGAUCUCUACUGUUGUGUAUAUAAGAAGAUGUUCAGAUGAUAUUCUUCACACAUCAGAUCAAUCUCUCAUCCAUCUCUGAGAUCUUGAAGCUGAACACAACUUCUCCAGGAUUCAUUUCUUCACAUCAUCUAAAACAAUGAGACAUCUGAUGGCUUUGAUGUUUCUAGUGAUCUUCUGCUCUCUGCAGCUGACUACAAGUGCUCCAGUUGGCUCUGGUUUGGCCAUAUCAACAUGCUGUUCUGAGUUCAGCAAUGCACAGAUUCCUCUGAAACUGGUAAAGUCGUACUAUAGGACUGACAGCAGCUGCUCCAAACCCGCCAUUGUAUUUGAGACUGACAAAAGGAGGAUCUGUGUAGAUCCAGAAACCAGCUGGGUGAACCAUCACAUCACUAAAGUGGACAAAAGGACAACAAAGACCCAAAACAAGACAGUCUGAAGAAUUAAUUCAUCCGUUUUUAGAUUAAACUCAACUAAUCUGAUAGUGUACAUAAUAUACUUCCCUUGAAAUAUGUCCAAUCUUUAUAUGAAAAAAUAUAUUUGUACAGAAUAUUUAUGACUUGUCUAAACUCUUUUUAAUAAAAUAUAAAUAAUAAAUUAAUCAUUGUGUAGUGAAGUUUUUCCAUUACACUUCAUCCAUAAAAGUCCAGCAAGGUCAAGCCAGUGUUUAACUCAGGUAAUAUUGCUCACUCAGUAAAAUGAACAAAUUUACUUCUUGCAGGAAGUCUGAAUAUGCUGAGAUGAUCAUCAGCGACAUACAGAGAAACAUUACACAAGCUUUCUCUUUUACAUAGCUUUGAAGCCCACUGAACUCAUCACUAUGGAAUUGUAUUUGCAAUUGCGUUUCCUACUUGUGGGUGUAAAAACUGUGACUUAAUUCAAACGCAAAUGCAAACUGUUUGCAUUUCCUUUUACGCGAACGUACAAUAUAUGCCAAAUUUCAAAUGUAAAAUCAAAGUCCAUUUGCAAUUGAAUUUCCUAUGACCCUGCCAUAUUUCAAUCUCAAUUGUAAUUCAUAAUUUGCUAUUUCUAGUGAUGGGUUAUUUGAAGCGAGGCUUCGGAGCGCGUGUCGAGAAUAAAUGGGCGUGCCAAAUGAAGCCUUGCUUCGAGGCUUGUGUUGUUAACGUAGAAAUCACGUGACCAAUGACAAACGAGGCCUCGGUUUGUGUGGACACGUCAUUGGUUCGGUCUGAGUAUCGAUUCCGGAUUCGAAACUCGCGCCUCCUUGUGGCUUUUGUGGCGUUUCAGUGUUGGAAAGGUGUCAGUGGUAGAAGCAGAGGGUAGAAGAGUUUAUUAUUAUUAGUACAUUAUAUUAGUAGUUAUAGUAUAUAAUUAUAAAUGUGUGUGUGUG